AUGGCAUCCUUAAAGGGACCUGGAAAAAUCGAGACUUAUGAUGGUGCUGGACUUCGGGUCGCAAUUGUCCAUGCGCGCUGGAAUACCGUUAUCAUUGAUGCCCUCGUGUCCGGGGCUCGUAAGAGCCUCCUCUCAGCGGGUGUUGCAGAACAAAAUAUUGUCGUCCAAAGUGUUCCAGGUAGUUAUGAGCUGCCGUUCGCCGUGCAGAGAUUAUAUGCAGCAUCGCAUGUCCAAGCCGCUGCGAAUUCAUCAACUGGCGAUAUCAGCGCGACUGAUCUGUUGUCAGCGUCUACGACCGAUUUGACCAAACCUGCUACCACGACCACAGCAACAAAGGACAGCCCCUCGCAAGCACCAUUUGAUGCCAUCAUAGCAAUUGGUGUUUUGAUCAAAGGCGAGACAAUGCAUUUUGAAUACAUAGCGGACGCCGUAUCACAUGGCUUGAUGCGCGUACAACUCGAUUCUAACGUUCCGGUCGUCUUCGGGCUUCUUACAUUACUGACCGAGGAACAAGGACUAGAGCGAGCAGGUUUGGGCAGUGGGAAGAAACAUAACCAUGGCGAGGACUGGGGAAGUGCUGCCGUUGAAUUAGCCGUCAAACGUAGAGGAUGGGCUGAGGGCAAAAUUGCUUAA